AUGCGCGCCGCCGCUGUCCUCCGGAACGCCGCCAAGGGCGCGGCCACUCCCAAGCCCAUGUCCGCUGAGCCUACACUCUACCACCUUGCCCCAACCGGCUUCUGGAAGAAGUUCCGCGACGCCGUGGUCGUGAACCCCCUCAUCUCGUCCGGUCUCCCUCUCCAGGACCGGAACCGCUACCCUCCUCCCGCCUCGCGUCCGGAGCGCUACGCGACCCCGGCCACUGCCGCGAGCGACGUCGCCUUCAACCAGUACUACAACCGCGACGUGCGCCGCGCGUACCCGAGGACUAGCGUCGUGACCCAGGCCGAGCUCAGUGCGCUCCUCAUUGCCGCGCCCGCCCUCCAGGCGGUCAGCGAAGGCGCAGAGGGCGUCGACACUGCCUCGUCCCACACGGUCCUGGUCACCGCCGCGAACGCACCGGCACUCACUGCUGUCAUCGAGCAGCUGCCGACUGGUCGCUCGUUUGUCGGCGGCGGCCUCGAGACCGCCUCCCGCGAGGGCCUGCCGCCUACCCCGCCUGGAUCGCUGCCGGGCGGUGCCAAGUGGGUCCCCAAGCGGGGGACAGACAUCCCUGUCAACCCCGACACUUAUUUCCCCAUUGAGGGCUUUAACUAG